AUGACGGUCCGCCGAGCUCCCGCCUUCGACGGCCCCGCCGCCAAUCUCCCACAGUGCGGUCCCCCGCGGCGAGGGGCCGAUCCCGCGGGUGCGAUCCCGGAGAAGCUUAUCAAGCCAUGGAGGCUACCCAAGCAGAACACAUACCUGUUCGUCAAUGCCAACGUCGUGGACACUGCCAAGGGAGCCGUCAUUGAAAACACGUCCAUCAAGAUCUCGAACGGGCUGAUUGAGAGCGUCGGGGAGCCUGCCGGCACUUUAGGCGAUGCCAUUGUCGUUGAUUUGCAUGGUCGAUACAUCUCUCCAGGUCUCAUUGAUUGUCAUGUGCACGUCAGCUCCGUCCCCGGAGAGGCUGGCCUCAACGGCGGCAUGGGCAUGGAUGCCACUGUUUCCCAUCUGAGACAAUCCUUCGUCUGCGGCCGGAUCCUGAGCAAAGGCUUCACGACCGUACGCGACACAGGAGGCGCCACCCUUGCCUUGAAGGAAGCGAUCCAGGAUGGCGUCUUCCCCGGCCCGCGCCUUUUUAUCGCCAACCAGGCUCUGUCGCAGACAGGUGGCCAUGGCGACCGGCGAGGCGCACACGACCAUUCGAGUCUGUGCUGCGGAGGGGUUGCCGGGCUUUCCAGCGUGGUAGACGGCGUGCCGGAGUGCAUCAGGGCGGCCAGAGAGCAGCUCAGGACGGGAGCAGACUUCAUCAAGAUCAUGGUGGGCGGGGGUGUCGCGUCCCCGACCGACAAGAUCGAGAACACGCAGUUCACCGCGGACGAGAUCAAGGCCAUCAGCGAGGUCGCGCGGAGCUAUAACACAUGGGUCACCGCCCACGCCUACACGCCCCGUGCAAUCCGUCAUGCUGUCGACAACGGCGUUACCGGUAUCGAGCACGGAAACUUCAUUGAUAAAGAGACCGCUGAGCUCAUGGCCGAGAAAGGCGUCUGGUUGACUCCGACAUUGGUCACGUACGACGCCAUGGCGUCAGACAAGUAUGCCGGGUUUCUGCCUCCCGAAAACCAGCGCAAGAACCAGGAAGUGCUGGAAAGAGGGCUACAAUCGCUGCGGAUCGCCGCCGAUGCUGGGGUCACAAUCUGUCACGGUUCCGACCUGCUCGGUCCUCUGCAGGCGGAGCAGAGCAGAGAGUUUGGGAUUCGUCAACAGGCGCUCAGCAGCAAGCAUGUUCUGCAAUCUGCGACGGUGAACGCGGCCAGAAUGCUUCGCCAGGAUGGGUUUCUCGGACAGGUAAAGGAAGGCUUCGCCGCCGACCUCAUCAUUUUGAACGAGAACCCCCUAGAAAAUGUGUCGAUCUUGGACGAGCCGGAGAAGAACGUCCUGGCGGUGAUCAAGGAUGGAAGAGUCUACACUAGUCGAUGGAGCAAGUUGCCGGAGGAUGUGACGGAACCGCCCACGCUCAUCGAAUGA